AUGACGACGUGGCUGGAGCUGUCCUCCAACCCCAAGUUCACGAUAGAGAACAUCCGAACGGUGUCAGAGGGCGACCACGUAUUCGAGGAGGAGCUGAAGGAGGUGUGGACCACCGAGGUGAGCGAAGAUCUGCGAGUACUCGAGGAACGAUUGAAGGAGGGCAAUGACCACCCCAGCAUCAUGCUGCUCGUGGCCAAGGUCUCGGACUCGGGCUGCGUGAUGGGAGCUGAGGGCGUGCGACUAGUGGGCAACGAGAUGCUCAGGCUCGCGGCCGAACAUCGCUACAACGAUAUCUUCCCCCUCCUCACCACCGCGCGACGAGAGUUCGAAGAGUUCAACCUCCUGUGGGGCCUCUACCGCCGAACGUGGACGUGA